CUGGGCUUUCAGUUCCUUCCCGAGGCCCGGCAUCACACCGCAAUUCAUGGUUGAUGUUGAUACCUCUCUCGCUUAUCGAAUAGUCGCUUAUCGCUGCGGAUCAUGUGAGGCUGACUGAGCUUUUGGCUAGUUAAUGGUGGCGCCGCAUGAUGAGACGCACUUGGACACCCAUGUGGUGGUCGUGGGAAGCGGCGCUGCCGGCCUUUGUGCCGCCAUUGAGGUAUCUAUGGGGAUCAAACCACACCUGUCCCAAGCCAUUGCGCAAUGUGGUUGUUUGUGUGUGCAGGCUGCCGAGAGUGGCGCCAGGGUAAUGCUCAUCGAAAAGCACAAGAUCGGCGGCAACUCUGCAAAGGCAGGAGAGGGAAAAAGAGGCAUUGGGUGCUUGCGACUUGCCCAUAGAUUCGUUCGUGUGUCUGUCGGGUGGUCUGGUCAGGCGACGUCAGGGAUCAAUGGGGCCGGCACGAGUGUGCAGAGGGCGCUGGGCAUCGAGGACCGACCUGAGGCCUUCAUGCAGGACACGCUCGUGUCAGGUGAGGGCAUGGCCGACGAGCAGCUCGUGGCCAGGCUGGCACACAGCAGCGCGUCGGCCGUCGAGUGGCUCAUAUCGCUGGGCGUCAACCUCACCCAAGUGGAGCGGCUCGGCGGACACAGGUGAAAGAGAUCACAACUGCUCUGCUUGCCGGGGCAUAUGGUCAUGUGUAUUUGUGUGUGUCAGUACGGCGCGUUCUCACCGCAUCCCGCCGCUCCCCGAUGGUCGUCCCGUGCCGGUCGGCUGGACCACUAUCAGCGCACUGGUCAGGAAAAUCAAAGACUUCGGCGAUCGCAUCACGGUAGGCACACCACACGAAACAAGACCCACCCCGAUGGAUGGGAUGCCAUCCAUCCAAGUGUGUUUGUGUGCUUCCUUGGCACAUGCAGGUGAUGGAGGGCUACAGGCUGCUGGACAUCAUUAUAUCCAACGAUGCCCAGCCAUCCCUCUCCCCAUCGCCGCACCUGCCCGGCCAUGCCGCAGAAGGGGUGGUCAUCCAGGCCACCAACACCACUGCCGACGACAGCCCGGCCGCCCCGCCCCUCACCAUUCACUCUGACAGCGUCGUCUUGGCUACCGGUGGUUUCAGCAGCGACGCAUUGCCGCAGCAGCAGGGGCAGGGUGACCAUCUGCCUGGGCACCUGGCGCCGUCGCUGCUCAAGGAGGUGGCGCCAUUGUUGGCCCAUCACGCAACCACCAACGGGCUCUUCGCCACGGGCGACUCUCUCAAGAUCGGCCAGCACAGGGGAUUGGCCAUGAAGCACCUCGAACACAUACAGGUCAGUGAGUGAGAAGCGAGAGGAACACAAAACUAAUGCGUGCAGGACUGUCUCUCAUCACCGCAAAUUUCAUUCUCAUUCGUCUGUCUGCUCUGUGUCUGUCGUGUGCGUGCAGCUGCAUCCGACGGGUUUCGUGGAUCUGUGUGAUCCGCUGAGCAGCACCAAGUGGCUGGCGCCCGAGAUGCUCCGGGGGUGCGGGGCCAUCCUCGUCACACACACAGGCGAGCGAUUCGUCAACGAGCUCGAGAAGCGCAGCGUCGUGUCGGACGCCAUCCUGCAAGGCGGCACACCCAUCCUUGCAUGGCCCGGCAUGGAGGGCGCCCGGCUGCGGCCAGACAGUGGUGAGGACGAGGGCGCGGCGGCCAGACGGGCGUCCAACAGUGCGGCGCUGCUCAUGAAUGAGGCCAUCAGGCAACGGUGGGUGGGGAGGGGUGGAGGUGGGGGGAGGAAGAUCCGCCUCAUGGUGGCUGUGUUGUGGUUGUUGUCAGGGUCGGUGCCGGGACGCUUCGCUUUUACGAGCAGAAGGGUCUGAUUCGCAGCGCGGGUAGCCUGAGGGAGGCGGCGGCCAUGCUGGGCGUCCGUGAAGACCGCCUGAUCGCCACAAUUAAGGAUUACAGCAACGGGAUGGCCCAAGGCAAGGACAGCUUUGGUAAGGAGGCAGGCGACACAACACGGCGAGGGAGGGAGCAAUGAAUUCCCUUGAUGGUGUGACUCGCUGUGUGAACUCAGGCAAGAGUGUGUUUCCGGCGGCUCUCUCCCCUGAUGACACUUUCUACAUCGCCAUCGUGACGCCAUGCCUCCACUACACCAUGUGUGUGUGUGGGCCGACAGACAGCAAACACUCCUCCUUACUCACCCACCCCCUCACUGUGUGGCUGGGCUGGUAUCUGUGCCAUCCAUCUACACUGCAGGGGCGGUCUGUGCGUCAACUCGAGCGCUCAGGUGAUGCGCGAAGAGCCGUCUGCUGUCGUCGACCCACUGCUAGACCUGGGCGUCCCAACACAGCCGCCCAGGAGACCCGUUAGCGGCCUAUUCGCUGCUGGUGCGACCGACAGCAGGCCACGGACGCACCACACAGAGCAGAAUCGUUGCAUACCAUACACGUGUGUGUUUCCUUCUUGUAUGUGUCUGUGCAGGUGAGGUGGUGGGAGGUCUGCACGGCGCCAAUCGGCUGGCCGGCAACGGACUUUUGGAAUCGGUCGUCUUCGGCCGUCUCGCGGGCAACUGGGCAGCACGGGUAGGUACCUACACUUGACCACUGCAUGCCUGCCAUGAGGAAGUGAGUGCAUUCCAACCAUUCCUCUGCCUGCCUGCCUGCCUGCCUACAGAGCUCCAAAAGGUCGUCAUCGACACUGCCCCUGCCCAUCCACCCUGGCGGCGAGAGCGCGGAGCUGAGGCUGCGGGAGAUCGACGACAGGACCAUCCCAGGGUGCGCGGUGCUGCGAUUCGACCUGCCGUCCGGCCGCCAUGUGGCCAAUGUGGGGCUGGGCGGGCGAGUGCUGCUGAAGCCUCCUCAUUGCCGCAAUGGGGUUUCCCUGCCCGUUCUCACCCCACCGUCGUCCUUCACCGGCGUGCUGGAGCUGGCCCUGUUCGCGACGGUGGAUGGAGACACAGAUGUAGAGCAGUCCCCACGACCACCUCCACUGGGGUGCGUAUGCGCGCCGGGCAGUGUGGUGUCGGCAUCGUUGGAGCCGCCACAAGAGGGGGCCGGCGACAUGCAGAGGCUGGACAGAAUGGUGCGCAAGGACGAUGGGGUCAAGUGUGUGGUGGCCGCGGGCAAUGAUGGCCUGGCGCUCGCCCUGCAGCUCAUGAGAUACGCCUUGCACCACCAUGACACUCUCAGGGGAAUGCUGCAGGUGAGUUAGUGAGGUGAGGUGACUGAAGUGAGGGAAGGACCACUCGCCACGCAUGCCGCCCCCUGACGCUCUCAUCUUUCCUUUGCAGGUGAUUGUCAUCUCGGCGAAUUGCCGGUGUUGCCAAUACCUGCAGAAGACCGCACAACAGCAUCGCAGCGUGCUGGAGGGCCGGUUCCAGCUACAGGCCAAAUGUAGCGAUGAGGAUGGAUGCCACGGUGAUGUUCCAGGAGCUGCCGUGGGUGAUGGCCUGUGGGAGUGUGAUGGGCUGCUGGAGAGCGUGCAGUUGGCCAAGCUGAUGGCGCAGCAGCGGCUGUUCUUGUGCGGGGUGGGGGUGAAGGAUGCUGCUGAUGCUACUGCUGAUGAGGGGGCAAGGAUAAGGGGCUGCUAGCGUGAGUGUCAGCUGACGUCUGCAAGUGUGGUGUGUUCUGUAUGCGUCUGUCUGUUGAUGUGUGACGUCCGACGCUUAGUUGCCGG